AUGGGUCUUACUUUGGAGGAUAUCUAUGGCAAAGAUCUAAGCGAAGACCAGGCUCCCCAGGAGUAUUCGGAGUACCAACCGAAGGCCGGCUUCGGCUGGGCCAAUGCUCUGCCCGAGAAGCAGGGUCUCUAUGACCCCGAAUACGAGAAGGAUGCCUGUGGUGUCGGUUUCGCUGCCCACAUUAAGGGCAAGCCUAGUCACAAGAUCGUGAGCGAUGCUCGCAAUCUACUGUGCAACAUGACCCACCGUGGAGCCGUUGGCUCGGAUGCGCGAGACGGUGACGGUGCUGGUGUGAUGACCAGUAUCCCCCACAAGUUCUUCGUCAAGAACUUUGCCCGUGAGGUUGGCGUCGAGCUGCCUCCAUUGGGCCAAUAUGCCGUCGGUAACUUGUUCUUCAAGCCCGAUGAGGUUGCGCUCCAACAAUCCAAGGCCAGCUUCGAGGAAUUGGCUAUCUCCUUGGGUUUGCGCGUCCUGGGCUGGCGUGAGGUGCCUCGCGACUCGACUAUUCUGGGUCCGGCUGCUCUGUCUCGUGAGCCUAUUAUCCUGCAGCCCUUCGUGGUGCUCAAGUCUGCCUACGGCGACGGCAACAAGCCUGAGAUCACCGACGUCAAGGAGUUCGACGAGCGGACUUUCGAGCUGCAACUCUUUGUCCUGCGCAAGCGGGCCACCCACGUUAUUGGCCUUGGCAACUGGUUCUACCUCUGCUCCCUGAGCAACCGAAACAUUGUCUACAAGGGUCAGCUCUCUCCCGUCCAGGUCUACACAUACUACCACGAUCUGGUCAACGUCGACUACGAGGGUCACUUUGCUCUCGUCCACUCCCGUUUCUCCACCAACACAUUCCCCUCCUGGGACCGCGCGCAGCCUCUGCGGUGGGCCGCUCACAAUGGUGAAAUCAACACAUUGCGAGGAAACAAGAACUGGAUGCGUGCCCGUGAGGGUGUUCUCCGGUCGGAGGUCUUUGGUGACGAGCUCGACCAGCUCUACCCUAUUGUCGAGGAGGGUGGUUCCGACUCGGCUGCUUUCGAUAACGUGCUCGAGCUUCUCAUGAUCAACGGUGUGCUGUCUCUGCCCGAGGCGGUCAUGAUUAUGAUUCCCGAGGCCUGGCAGGAUAACCCUGCGAUGGAUCCCUCCAAGGCCGCUUUCUACGAGUGGGCUGCCUGUCAAAUGGAGCCCUGGGAUGGUCCCGCUCUGUUCACCUUCUCCGACGGUCGGUACUGCGGUGCUAACCUGGACCGUAACGGUCUGCGCCCUUGCCGUUUCUACGUGAUGGAUGACGACCGCAUUGUCUGCGCUUCGGAGGUCGGCGCUAUUGACAUUGACCCCGAGCGCGUGGUCCAGAAGGGCCGUCUGCAGCCCGGAAAGAUGCUGCUGGUCGACACCGUCGCCGGUCGCAUUAUUGACGAUGCCGAAUUGAAGCAGACUGUCGCUAAGCGUCAGGACUUUGCCAGCUGGCUGGACAAGGAGCUUCUGAAGCUGCCCGCGAUCAACAAAACUCUGCUUGAGAACAACGUUGAUCUUUCAUUCAAGCUUGACGACGAGUCGGUUCAAAAUGACCCUCGUCUGCGUGCUUUCGGUUACUCCUUCGAGCAGGUCAGUCUCCUGCUGGGUCCUAUGGGUGCUGACUCCAAGGAGGCUCUCGGGUCCAUGGGUAACGAUGCUCCUCUUGCCUGCAUUGCCCAAGCACCUCGUCUGCUCUACGAGUACUUCCGCCAGCUCUUCGCCCAGGUUACCAACCCUCCUAUUGAUCCCAUCCGUGAGGCCGUUGUCAUGUCUCUGGAGUGCUACGUCGGUCCUCAGGGCAACCUUCUCGAGAUGGAUCCCACCCAGUGCCACCGUCUGCUCCUCAAGUCUCCCAUCCUGAGCAUUCCCGAGUUCAACGCUAUCAAGCACAUUAACAAGGCUCACAGCGACUGGUCUGUCCGUACCAUUGAUAUCACCUUUGAGAAGAAGAAGGGUACCGCUGGCUACAUCGAGGCACUGGAUGCCAUCUGUGAUGCCACCACCGAGGCUAUCGAGAACGGCGACAAGGUCAUCGUCCUUUCUGACCGUGCCACCUCCGCCGACCGUGUUCCCGUCUCCGCUCUGCUGGCCACUGGUCUCGUUCACCACCACCUGGUUCGCAACAAGUGGCGUUCUCUUGCUGCUCUGGUCGUUGAGACUGCCGAAGCUCGUGAGGUCCACCACCACUGUGUUCUCCUCGGUUACGGUGCCGACGCCAUCAACCCUUACCUCGCCCUGGAGUGUCUUCUCAAGAUGAACCGCGAGAAGUUGAUCCGCAAGGAUCUCAGCGAUGACAAGGUCAUUGAGAACUACAAGGCUUCUUGCGACGGUGGUAUCCUCAAGGUCAUGAGUAAGAUGGGUAUCUCCACUCUGCAGUCCUACAAGGGUGCUCAGAUUUUCGAGGCCCUCGGUAUUGACGACAGCGUUAUCGACCGCUGCUUCGCCGGUACUGCCAGCCGUAUCCGUGGUAUCACCUUCGACCUGAUUGCCCAGGAUGCCUUUGCCUUCCACGAGCGCGGUUACCCCUCCCGCGACAUCGUUGAGAUCCCCGGUCUGGCCGAGACUGGCGAGUAUCACUGGCGCGACGGUGGCGAGGCCCACAUCAACGACCCCGUCAGCAUUGCCAACAUCCAGGAUGCCGUUCGCACCAAGAACGACAAGUCUUACGAGGCCUACGCCAAGGCCGAGCACGAGCAGAUCAAGAACUGCACUCUGCGCGGUAUGCUCGAGUUCGACUUUGAGCAGCGCACUCCCAUCCCCAUCGACCAGGUCGAGCCCUGGACCGAGAUCGUCCGCCGCUUCGUCACCGGUGCCAUGUCCUACGGUUCCAUCUCCAUGGAGUCCCACUCCACCCUGGCCAUUGCCAUGAACCGUCUCGGCGGCAAAUCCAACACUGGUGAAGGUGGUGAGGAUCCCGAGCGCAGCAAGCGCAUGGAGAACGGCGACACUAUGCGCUCUGCCAUCAAGCAAAUUGCCUCUGGUCGUUUCGGUGUUACCUCCCACUACCUUGCCGAUGCCGAUGAGCUGCAGAUCAAGAUGGCUCAGGGUGCCAAGCCCGGUGAAGGUGGUGAAUUGCCCGGCCACAAGGUCGUCGGCCCUAUCGCUCGUACCCGUCACUCCACCCCCGGUGUCGGUCUGAUCUCGCCCCCUCCCCACCACGACAUUUACUCCAUCGAGGACUUGAAGCAACUUAUCUACGAUCUCAAGUGCUCUAACCCUCGUGCUCGUAUCUCCGUCAAGCUCGUCUCUGAGGUCGGUGUCGGUAUCGUCGCCUCUGGUGUCGCUAAGGCCAAGGCUGAUCACAUCUUGAUCUCCGGUCACGAUGGUGGUACUGGUGCCUCGCGCUGGACUGGUAUCAAGUAUGCUGGUCUUCCUUGGGAACUUGGUCUUGCUGAGACCCAUCAGACUCUUGUUCUUAACGAUCUGCGUGGUCGUGUUGUCGUCCAGACUGAUGGUCAAAUUCGUACCGGACGCGAUCUGGCUAUGGCCUGUCUGCUUGGUGCUGAAGAAUUUGGCUUCGCUACAACGCCUUUGAUUGCCUUAGGCUGCAUCAUGAUGCGGAAAUGCCAUUUAAAUACUUGCCCAGUCGGUAUCGCUACCCAGGAUCCGGAGCUCCGAAAGAAGUUUAAGGGUUCCCCCGAACAUGUGAUCAACUUCUUCUACUACGUCGCCAACGAGAUGCGUGCCAUUAUGGCCAAGCUUGGUGUUCGUACUGUCAAUGAGAUGGUUGGUCGUGCUGAAUUGCUCAAGGUUCGCGAUGAUCUUCGCAACUCCAAGCAGGAGCGCAUUGAUCUCUCCCUCAUCUUGACUCCCGCUCACUCUCUCCGCCCUGGUGUUGCUACCUACAACGUCCGCAAGCAGGAUCACAAGCUGCACACUCGUCUCGACAACAAGUUGAUCUUCGAGUCUGAGCUUGCUCUCGAGAAGGGCCUCCCCUGCCGCAUUGAGUGCGAUGUUGUCAACACUGACCGUGGUCUUGGUGCCACUCUCUCUUACCAGAUCAGUCGCCGCUACGGUGAGGCUGGUCUGCCCCAGGACACCAUUCACGCCAACAUCAAGGGUUCCGCUGGUCAGUCCUUCGGUGCUUACCUCGCCCCUGGUGUUACCCUCGAGCUUGAGGGUGAUGCCAACGACUACGUCGGUAAGGGUCUGUCUGGUGGUCGCCUCAUUGUCUACCCUCCUCGUGGCGCUGCUUUCAAGGCCGAGGAGAACGUCAUUGUUGGUAACACCUGUCUGUACGGUGCUACUCGCGGUACUUGCUACUUCCGUGGUGUUGCCGCUGAGCGUUUCGCUGUCCGUAACUCUGGUGCUACUGCCGUCGUUGAGGGUUGCGGUGACCACGGUGCUGAGUACAUGACCGGUGGUCGUAUCCUCAUUCUCGGACCUACUGGUCGCAACUUCGCUGCUGGUAUGUCUGGUGGUAUUGCCUACGUGCUGGACAUGAACCAGGACUUCCACUCCAAGGUCAACAUGGAGAUGGUCGAGGUUUCUGGUAUCGAGGACCCCUCCGAGAUUGCCUUUGUCCGUGGCCUCAUCGAGGACCACCACCACUACACUGGUUCCGAGCUCGCUGCUCGCAUCCUUCUCGACUUCACCCGUGCUCUUCCCCACAUCCUCAAGGUUCUGCCUACCGACUACAAGCGUGUUAUGGAGGAAGAGGCCGCCAAGGCUGCUGCUGCUAAGAAGGCCGAGUUCGCUCUGCCCCAGCUUCCCAGCACCCCCGCCCCUGUGGAGAAGCCCAAGGCUCACGCCGAUGAGAAGAAGGCCGACCUGCUGGAUAUCGAGGACAGCAUCAGCAACGAGAAGGCCGAGAAGAAGCGCUCCGCCCUGAUCCUGGACAAGACCCGUGGUUUCAUGAAGUACAGCCGCCGCAGCGAGAAGUACCGUAACCCAUCCACUCGUACCCGUGACUGGGCCGAGCUGUCCAACCGUCUCAGCGAGGACGAGCUCAAGUACCAGUCCGCUCGUUGCAUGGACUGUGGUGUUCCCUUCUGCCAGUCCGACACUGGUUGCCCUAUCUCCAACAUUAUCCCCAAAUGGAACGAAUUGGUCUUCCAAAAUCAAUGGCAGGAUGCUCUUAACCGUCUGCUCAUGACCAACAACUUCCCCGAGUUCACUGGUCGUGUCUGCCCUGCUCCUUGCGAGGGUGCCUGUGUUCUGGGUAUCAACGAGGACCCCGUCGGCAUCAAGUCGAUCGAGUGUGCCAUCAUUGACCGUGGUUUCGAGAUGGGCUGGAUGGUUCCUCGUCCUCCCAAGGUUCGCACCGGCAAGAACGUCGCUAUCAUUGGUUCCGGUCCCGCCGGUAUGGCUGCUGCUGACCAGCUGAACCGUGCUGGUCACUCUGUCACCGUCUACGAGCGCGCUGACCGUAUCGGUGGUCUCCUCAUGUACGGUAUCCCCAACAUGAAGCUCGACAAGAAGGUUGUCCAGCGCCGUGUUGACCUCAUGGCUGCCGAGGGCAUCAAGUUCGUCACCAACACCGCCGUUGGUCCCGACAGUGAGGUCAACUUGCAGUCCCUGCGUGCCUCUAACGAUGCCGUCAUCAUCGCCACUGGUGCUACCGUUGCCCGUGACCUCAAGGUCCCCGGUCGUGAGCUCGAGGGUGUUCACUUCGCCAUGCAGUUCCUGCACAAGAACACCAAGUCUCUCCUGGACUCUGGUCUGUCUGACGGCGAGUACAUCUCUGCCAAGGACAAGCACGUCGUUGUCAUUGGUGGUGGUGAUACCGGUAACGACUGCAUUGGUACCUCCGUCCGCCACGGUGCCAAGUCCGUCACCAACUUCGAGUUGCUUCCCCAGCCUCCCCCAGAGCGUGCCGGUGACAACCCCUGGCCUCAGUGGCCCCGCAUCUACCGCAUUGACUACGGUCACUCUGAGGUCAAGACUCACAUGGGCAAGGACCCUCGUGAGUACUGUGUCAUGUCGACCGAGUUCGUCGACGACGGUAGCGGCCGCGUCAAGGGUAUCAACACCGUCCGUGUUGAGUGGACCAAGAGCGCCACUGGUGGUUGGGACAUGAAGACCGUCGAGGGCAGCGAGCAGUUCUUCCCCGCUGACCUGGUCCUCCUGUCAAUGGGUUUCCUGGGUCCCGAGGACCGUCUCCUCGGCGACGAGAUCGAGCGCGACCCGCGCAAGAACGUCAAGACUCCUCCUGGUCACUACUCGACCAACAUCCCCGGUGUCUACGCUGCCGGUGACUGCCGCCGUGGACAAUCCCUGAUCGUCUGGGGUAUCAACGAGGGUCGCCAGGCCGCUCGUGAAGUUGAUACCUUCCUCAGCGGUAUCAGCUCCCAGCUCCCCGUGACUGGAGGUAUCAUCCGUCGCCCGGCUAUCGACUCUGUCCCCCAGCCCGCCGAGAUCCAGGUCGUCGCCUAA